AUGAGGUGUAACAGCGAAAGUAGAAUGUGCAGGGAAAUGACAUCCGGAAUUAAUCCAUAUGAAGAGAGAAAAAAAGAGUCUAGAAGUUUCGGAGAAUUAUCUGACAAUUACAAUUUCUUACAAAGUAACGAUUCCAUUGGUGACUCUUUCGAAGAGAGAGAGAAAAAAAAAAAAAUGAGAGAAGAUGAGUAUAACAAAAUUAUGGAGAGUUCGGAAGAGAAAAGUGACUUGUUCAAUGAUGAUAAAAAUUGCUACUCGUACUCGGACAGGAGUGAAAACUCUCAAUCACAAGUGAGCAAAGUGCAGUCAGUAGUGGGGUCAGCCUACCCCUUUCAGGGGGGCACCCAGAGUGCAAACGCUUACAAGAGUGGCAGAAGCAACCAUGUGCUAACACUAACGAGCGCAACUUUAGAAGAAAACAUUUUAAGAAAUUUGGAACAGGAUAGUAGCUACGAUGGCAAUUUUGGCAGCGACACGGAGAAGGGUAAAAGUGUGAGAUAUAGUAGAAGGAAAUCCGUUACAAGUGAAAAAUCGCGCGAGGAGGAUUAUUUGAGGCAUCAGAAAAGUAGCCUAAAAAGUGGGGGAAGUAGUCGCAAAUUUGAAACAUGCCCCAGUGGAGGGAAGGUAACAUUUGAUAAAGGGGAUAGCGCUGAUUGUCUGCAUAGGACUUCAUACAAAAUGGAACAAAUGGAAAACACGGAAAAAACAGGUCUUUGGUUUAUAGACACCAUGAAUGAGAUGCUAGACGGGCUUUGCGAUGCAAACAAAGAGGAGGUGUACACAAACGAUGGAGUCCUUGUUAAUACGAGCUCAAACUCCAUCAAUUUAAAUUACCCCCCGUUAGGAAUAAACACCAUAUUGAGGUGGCCAGAAUAUUUAAAAUUUCACAGCAUAAUUACGGGCAUUCAUAUUUUCCCCAUCUAUGAAGGAAUACGCAGCAUGUUUAUAAAAUACCAGAGCCAAAAACUGCAAGGGAAAAACAAAAAGGUAGCAAAAAGCGCUACCCUUUUGUCUUUACCCACAUUUCCACACCAAAAUGAAAAGGAUAGAUGUAUAUCAAAGACAUAUUCAAAUUUGCCAAACUUCAAUAUCCCAAAUGAGACAGAAACUACUACAAAUGCACAACAAUACCCUGCCAGCAGCUUUCAUACGAAAAAAGGUGGCAGCAUACAUGAUGAUGAUUAUGAUGAUUUUCUCUUCUCAAAUUUACCAUACUUAAUCCAAAGCAUGAGAAACAAAUAUAAUAAAUUUUGCGAUCAUGUUGGAGAAACGCUAGAGCAUAUAGAUAAGGAGAAUUACACAUUUAAGCAAUACUGUUUUGCAGUUUCGAAAAUGUUUGUACAAAAUUUAAUAAAUAUGAUACCCUUUUCAAAGUUUCCUGGGCUGAUUAGCCAUAUGACAAAUUCAUUCCACACCUGUAUCCGUCAUGACCAAAAUGAAGAAUCCAUGAUGGAAACCGAUUUUAUCAACACGUAUAAUUUGCAAUAUAGUAACAGCAAGAUGGGAACUGCAUAUUCCCUACCGAUGGAGUUGGAUAGGUCCAUGUCAAAUUUAAGUUCCACCAUUCAGAUGAAUUGCAUGGGUCACACAAAAAACGCGUUGCCGAAUUCGAACGCAGUGUUUGCUUCCAAGAGCAGAGGGAGUCACAUCUUUACCAGGGGAAGAAGUAUCAACAUAAAUGACCAACAGAGGAGAAGGCAUAGUUUUUCUCAAAAUUUCUAUGGCACCCAAAAGGACAGAACAAUUUUGCCAGGAGGUAUACUUGAGGAAAGACGAAAUUAUCUAAGUGGAAAUUUUAACACCCUCCCAAAGUACGUAAAAACUUGUGCCAAUAGUCGCAAAAAAUUGAGCAAUUCUCUAAGACCAGGCGAUUUAAUAAAAAUGGCAAGUGUAAAAAAUAAUGCUCUUAUAAACUUGGGUACAUUACGCAAGUGUAAAUCGUCGCACGACUCGUUAGGAAGCCAAGAAGUAAUGCCAAAGGUUAACACAGAAGUGGGGGCGGACGAGGAGGAAGCGGAUGCGGCAGGUAUGCACUUAGAUAAUUCGCAAAAGAACUCCUCCGAUGAGCUGGGCGAGAUGUUUAAUGCAACCACCAGUGAAAAUUACUGCACGGCGAAGUCGAUGCCCCUUAAUUAG